AUGUCUUCAGUGAUUCUCAGCUCUAAUAACUACUAUAUUUGUAUAAGGUUUCCAGAUCAUCUGGCGCAAUGCUCCUCAUUCCUGAACCUAUUGCCAUUAUCGGGAGCUCUUGUAGGUUCCCUGGUGGAGCCUCUACUCCCUCCGAACUGUGGAAGCUGUUGCAUUCUCCCCGCGACCUCCUUCGCCCGAUUCCCGCCUAACGAUUCGACCCAGCCGGCUUUUAUCAUCCAUGACGAACACCAUGGUGCUUCAAACGCGCAGCAUCCCUAUCUCCUGGAGGAAGACCCCUGUGUCUUCGACGCCCCCUUCUUCUCCUGGAAUGCCCGCGAGGCGGAGGCCAUGGACCCUCAACACCGGGUCCUCCUGGAAACCGUGUACGAAUGUCUAGAGAAUGCAGGAACCAGCAUCCAGGAGCUGCAGAACACCCAGACGGGAGUCUACGUUGGCCUCAUGACCAACGACUACCACGACAUCCAUCUUCGUGACAUGGAAACAAUUCCCAAAUACAGCGGCACAGGCACCACGCGAAGCAUCCUCAGCAACCGCGUCUCAUAUUUCUUCAACUGGAAGGGCCCCAGCAUGACAAUUGAUACGGCCUUUUCAUCAUCAUCACUGGUUGCCGUACAUCCCGCGGUGCAAAGCCUGCGGUCAGGAGAGACGCCUGUGGCGAUUGCAGCGGGCGCGAAUCUGAUAUUCGGGCCCGAGAUGUACAUCAUUGAAUCAAAGCUGCACAUGCUCUCACCCCACGGGCGAUCCCAGAUGUGGGACGACAAGGCAGACGGGCACGGCCGUGGAGAAGGUGUUGCUGCGGUUAUGCUCAAGACUCUCUCGGGAGGCAGUUAUAUCAGGACGACCUGGCUCAGGCUGUCAGCCCGUAUUGACCAGUGGCAUGCAGAAGCAUGUGGGUCUAGCGGAGGAAGACUCAGCACCUCCUUUGUGGCUAAGCAACCCCUGGUUCUCGCAUAUGAAGUGGGAGGAUAA